AUGCUCUCUAAACAGUCCAUUCUCUCCAAGUGCUACAGCACCUUGCUAAGCGACGAGGCCUCCUUCGCCGCACGCCUCAUCGAGAUGAAGGCUUUCUCCACCACCGCUGCAUCCGCCUCUGUCGAGGACGACGGCAUCGAGAUCAUCCAAGUUUACUCUCACGAGAUCAGCCGCAAAAUGCUCGACACUGUUAAGACUCGUGCCUCCUCCACCGUCGCUGCUUCUGUCGUCGAUGCUGGAACUGCGCCGCAGACUCCGUCUCUCAAGGCUGCUUUCACCACCACUACCAGUGAGGAUAACUCUCCUACCAUCACUGAAUCUUAA